AUGGUCAUAAACCUUCCGCAGAUUCGGACCAUUGAAAACACAAUCCAACGGUUGGUGAAAGAGGUCCGCACGAAAUGCGAAAUCCGAGAUCCCUUGUCUGCUUGGAAUGAGGAUGUCAAUUCUAUCAAUAUUGCUGUGUUGAAUAUUUUUCUAGGAGAAGCGUUUACUUAUUUAGCGGCAGAUAAAAUAUGUGAAGAAGACGAAAUUGAUUGGACAAUUACUAACCGCUAUCCCAAUGAGUUUUUAAACUCAUUGGAUCCUCCUGGUCUUCCACCUUUCAAAGUGGAGCUGAAAGUUGGAUGUUCAAUCAUGUUGUUGAGAAAUAUUGCUCCUAAGGCGGGACUUUGUAAUGGCACUAGAUUGAUGGUUGUAAGGUGUGCUUCUCGAAUUAUUGAGGCUCUGAUUUUAACGGGAGAAAAGUUUGGCAAUUUGGCCUUCAUAUCGAGAAUAACCUUGACUCCAUCGUCUUCAGAAUUUCCUUUUCGGAUGACGAGACACUAG